AUGAGCAACCAAUCAUGUUCAAAUUGCAGUCUCGGCCUGUCACCCGACAAGAAAUUGGUCGGCUGGAUCUGGGAUAACCCCGGUCGUGGUACAAUAAGUUUGAUAACAACAUGCCUGGCCACAAUAUUUCUGUGCACCUGGGUCGUGAUUCAUCCCCGAGUCUACAAGCGCGAAUCUUACGCAAACCUCCAUAAGGUCGCCCUUUUCUUCAAGACAGUAUUUGCACCGGAGUUUAUUGCAGUGGAAGGACUACAGGAAUGGGCGCAGUGCCGCAGGAUGCAAAGGGAAUGUGCCGAUUCCACAGCAGGCCAAUUCAAGCUUGUACAUGCCUUCUACAUCAGCAUGCUCGCAUUGAGGUACCGAACACCGAAUGGCGAUCGUGUCAUUUGGCCGAAUCAAUAUACCUGGUUACUAAAGCAAGAACUUAUUCGGUGGGAAGACCAUCCAAAUUGGGGCCUAUCUCUCGAUGACAUCUGCGACAAGAGCAAAUCAGAUAAUGCUGCAAAACUACUCGCUUUGAUCCAAGUAACCUGGUUCUCAGCACAAUGCAUACUGCGUAUCUCUUAUCAUCUGCCACUCUCGCAGUUGGAGUCGAUGACCCUGGGCUAUAUCCCGUUUUUUAUCGUGACAUACUUCUUCUGGUGGAACAAGCCGAAAGAUAUUGGAUCACCAUCUCUUGUUGCACUUCCGGAAAUGAGCAUGGAGCAAUUACACUUUUUCGAAUCGAUGGCUGUGAGUAAUAAGUUCGACAACGAAGGGAUGAAAGAGCAAACAUCAUACUGGAAUAUAUGGUAUCUUACCCCACGGGUGUUUGAGAAGAUAGAAGAGGACAGACUCAUACAUGAGGCUCGAACCAAAGCUCUGAAGAGCCCAAAUCGAAAGUCCAAUUAUCGAACAACCAUGCGAAGUCUCAAUCAACGAAAACGAGACCCGAGAUAUCGAAAAACAAUAUAA